UCAUUCCUUACAAAAGAAAACAUCGAGCGUGCGGUGUAUACAUGUUUAGAAAGAUUGACGCGGAUUGAUUUUUCAGUAAAACGCCGAAAAAGUGAAUGCUGUUUAAUAACAGAAUAACAGCUCUGGAUUUCAAUGGACCACAAGAAAAUCCGACACUGAUGUGAUAUCAGUCCAGGAGCGCUUGGAUAUUGUUUAUAUAUUUACUAUUUCUGUCAUUCCCGUCAGAAGAUCCGGAUAUAACACAAACACUCCCAUACCAUCGGAAUAUCAGUAUGGACUGACCUUUCAACAUUUUGUUGGUUGUUAACACUGGAUUAUGUACUGAUGCUCUUCAUUGCUAAAUGUUCGUGCAUUAUAAUCUCCGAAAUGACAGUUAGACGUUAUCUUGUGGAUGCGGGUGGGAUCGACUAAAGAGCACCUCCAUGAGUCUCCCUAUAAAAAGAUGGAGUAAAACUUGUUUCCAUCAUACAAUCUAACAAACUUACCUUAUGUAGUUUAGAAAUGGAUAAACCCUUACAUUGUUUAGUUUAAUAGGGUGAAAAUGGAUAAACUCACCAUUAUCUCAGGAUGUCUCUUCCUUGCAGCUGAUAUUUUUGCAAUUGCAAGUGUUGCCAAUCCAGACUGGAUCAAUACAGGAGGACACGAGGGAUCUCUGACUGUGGGUCUUGUCAAACAAUGCCAGACCAUCCAUGGUCGAAGCAAAAUAUGUAUCUCACCAAGCCUUCCCCCAGAAUGGAUCACAUCUCUGUUCUUCAUCAUCAUGGGCAUCAUCUCACUCUCUAUAACAUGUGGCCUGCUUGUGAUAUCACACUGGCGACGAGAGGCGAUAAAGUACGCUCGCUGGAUCGCCUUCAUGGGAAGUAGGUCACUGGUCCUCUUCUGUAUGGCCGCCCUCAUAUUUCCAAUUGGAUUUUACGCCAAUCAAGUCGGAGGCCAGCCUUACAAAUUACCCAAUAACACUGUUGUUGGGUCAUCUUAUGUACUGUUUGUUUUAUCAAUAUUUUUCACAAUAGUUGGACUUCUUUUUGCUGGUAAAGUCUGUCUGCCUGGCUGACAAAUCAAGUGGUUUGUGUAUUUUUCAGUUUUUUAAAUAACAGUAUGGUGGCAAAAUAUCAACAAGACAAUACUGAAGAAGAGAGUCAUUGGCUCUGUUUAAAGCCUAGUCAGCUGCCUUACAUGUAUCCUACCCGAACGUAACAACCCAACAAAAAAGGGACUCUUAUAAGUGUCUGAAAGGGACGGAUUCUUUCACAUACCUUCUCAAAAUGCAUUGGGGAAUUAUUUUUUAGAAGACAAUGCCUGCCUGCCUUCUUUUUGGAGCAGACUUUGUAUAAGGAGUGUGUCUAUUAUACCAUCAAACAUGGGCAGAUAUUGAAAUAGUAAGAGAGUCGAUUCUCAGCUGAGUAAAGUUUUGAUUAGAAUAAUUAGAGUUAAAAAAAAAAUACAUUAAACAUUCAGCACAAAAUGACCUUUAGAUUCACAUUUAAUUACAUGUGUCUUAUGGGGUUAUUCUCAUAAAGUUCUAAACUUCAUGAACAUAAUGAAAUAAUAACUUAAAAAUAUGAAUGAAAUAGAUACAAGUGCAUAAAUCUGCCUUAGCACAUUUUGACAUCCGUCUUUUUCUUUAAAUCAUUGCAUUUUGCUUAAAAUCUCUUUAAAUGGGUUGAUGUGUGUGGUCAAAGAGACUGAGCCCACUAAUGAAAAUGUGUCUUUUCUGAAUAUGUAACGUUAACAUUCUUUUUACAAACAUUUUCAGGAUAACAAAUAUGCUCACAUUUAACCACAUAGAAAUAGUGCUGAAUCUUUAAUAUUCAUUCUUCUUUUUGUCAUUGUGACUUUUGUUUGUUUUCAAAAAAUCCUAAAGCUGUAUAUAUUUCCAGGUUUAAAUAAAAUUUGAAUGGGGUUUUUGACUUUUUAAACACCACUGUCUGCGUACAUACAUCUUUCAUACAUAUUUUUGUCUGUGAUACAGGAAGUACUGCGUGAUUGACAAAUAUUUAAGGCACACCAAUGUUUACAUUUUUCCAUUUAGUUUUGUGAACAAAUAUUAAUUGUGUCCAUGUAUAGAUUGCUCUGUGGUUUUGGCUUUGUUU